CGGUGCUUGGCACUCGACAACAAGCAUCCAAGCUCGAUAGAGCUUCGCCAUACCCUAUCGUACUGUCCCUUCAUCUGCGGCAACUCAAAGACAGGCGCCACGCACGCAGGCCCGUGCCGAUGCCGAUGCACGGCUGCUCCCGACGCACUGCGGCCCCCCUUGUUGCACCGCAAUUGGAGCCGCCACUACGUGGAGGCGCAGCUUGAGGCGCUGAUACCCCUGUCGGUUGGGUCUGCCUCGUCGACAGUGCUUCCAAGGUUAGGUCAGGUCCCCUCUCCGCCGUCCCAUAUUCCAGGAUGAGCAACAGAGGUCAUCAUCGACCAUGCGAUCAAAGCCUCGAAUCUUGAUCGCAGUGCCUCCUGCUACGCGUUACACUCCGCGUGCGAGUCGCCCCCGGGACGGUAAACCACACCCCCCAUCUGGGACGAAACGCGCAGCAUCGACACGCGCAGCGACAAACACACAAAACGCGGAGGCCAUUAUCGCGGAUUCCCCGCGACCUACGAAGUAGGUAGUCGCCAUGGGUGGCAGCGACGAGGUCAUUGUCGCCGUGGUGGCGCUCAUCGUCUCCGUCGUGGCGCUGUCCGCGACCUUCAUGCAGGUGCUCCAGCAGUACUAUGCCUCGGCGUCAGGCUACUCGCAGUGCAACGAAAAGGUCAUGGGUGCGUGGGCCAAGUCAAAAUCACGGCGCUUCUCUUGGGAGGAGCUACGGUUCGAGGUCCAGUUCGACACGCCCGUCAUAUUCGUCUCGCCCCCGGACAAUAAGGACGGGCCUAUCCUCGACGCCCCGAUAUACUUCCUCGACGGGACGCAGAAGAGCAUGGAGGAGACGCACACGGCCGACGAGAUGGACCUGCGCAAGGCGUACCACUUCAGGUCUCUCAAGGAGAGGAUACACACAGCCGACAACGAGCGUGCCUCGUGGCUCUCGCUCCUCUACGCCGUGCAGAGAAUGGAAGCAAAGGCGUUUGAGUGGCAGCAGAAUCGCUACGAGCAGCUGGCCCGGCGCAGUGACUUGAGCGAAAAGCACGGGCUGCCACAAAAGGCCCCCUCGCUUCAAGAGAGCCAUACCCUGACCGUGGCGCUGCAGCGCAAGCGCAGGAGCUGGGACACGAUGCCGUCGUCCGUCUCGAAACCGUACGCGACCACCACCAUAUGUCAUCUCAUCGAGAUGAUGGCCGCUCUCGGCGUCUAUUGGAAGGAGUUUGACCGCCGGCGGGAUCGCUACCGCGGCGAGGGAAACGGCUUCAUGGUCCUGGGGGAGAGGAUCAGCGACCUCGGCUUGAUGUUCGCCUUCCAGGUGUAUGGCGAAUGCCGCUUCGAGUACAACCGCGUGAUCCCCGUCGACUACAUCAAGGAGCUAUGCUUUGGCCACGUGCCCACCAUUUACCGCGAGACGUUUGAUCAGCGGCGGCUCGGCGCCCCAAGCGAUGAGGUCGAGAACUUGGGUUCCUUGCAAAUGGCCAGCAGGAGAGAGGUUGCCGAGACCCUGGUCGUCAUUGGAUGCAACAAGAACACCGUGCAGUACUAUCUGAAUGAAGAUGGCACCACGGCACAUCUCUUCCCACUCUCGUUUGAGAUCCUCGGCAUGCUGAGCCAAACGUUCCACAUCAAGAAGAGCUACUUUACGUACAUACCCAACCCGACCUUCGACUGUUGGGACGAGCGAUCACUCUCUCUAGUGGGGGUGCUGAAGGCUUACAGAGACUUCUCGGCCGUUCACCUGCCUGGGGCUACUCGCAAUGAGACCAUAUAUGGCCGGAUCGUUGCCCACAUCGAAACGAUAUUGGACCAUCAGAAUGACGGAGAUGCAGCUUCCCAACUACUGCUUCUCACGGCGCUUCACGAUGCAUUGGAUGACGCCGAUGAAGUCUUGACGGCCAAGGAAAAGGGUUGCGACCCUCCAACACACCCGCCGAGGGCGCACAAGAGCUCUUUAUCCCAUGGCAACAAGAGACCCUCUCGCGCUCAGCUCGACGGCGUCGAGACGCAGAAGCAGAGGCGUAGGCGCGAGAUUGUUCAGGACGUCCUCCGGUCCCAUAUACAGGAGGUUCUGAAGCUGCUCAACGACGGCAACGACAGGAGCUCCGACACCCAGUCGCUGCUGGUCCCCGACAGGGGGGGCGGUCCCCCAUCGCCCGGUAACUCUCGCUACCACAGCAUGGUGGGGCUCCCUUUCUCGCAAGCGCGCUUUGAGGACAUCAACGAAGAGGCGCCCGAGUUCAGGCAGCACAAGUUCAUGGAGGUGUAUUUCGAAGUGAUCCGAUGCAAGGUCAUUCCCCGGGCGUGGGACUCGUCGAACCGGAGGGCAAGCUUCACCGGCCAGGACGGGAGUGGCGGCGGCGGCGGCGGCGGCGGCCUCCUGCGCCGGAGAGCGAGCGUGGCCGCCGACGUGCCGGCGCCGCCUGGCUUCGGGCUCAGGAAGCGGGGCACGGGCGGCACGCACGCCAGCGUGACCGUGCAGACUGACCCGGGGACGGUGACGCCGAGCAUUGUCCCGCCGGCGAUGGUUGCAGCGGCCGACACUAGGCCUGUGCCAAGCCCGUUGGAGAACGAGAUUCAUCCCGACGAGGCGGAGGCUCAGGCGGACCUCCAGUCGGACGACAACAACAUGGUCUUGGUGGGCAUGGACGACGACGACGACAUGGACGGGGGCGGCGGCCCGUCGCCGCCGCCGCCGUUGCGGAAACCAGAAACGCUGGCCAACCAGCCCGUCUCACACGACGACGUAUGGUGCACGCUCGUCUUCCGGAUGAUAUGCUGGCUGAUGCUGCACGACUUCAACAAGCAGGACGUGCAGGUGAGCAAGAGCGAGCUUCUCGGCAGCCGGAUGCCUGUGUACAUUGCGUAGAAUAAGGGACUGGGACUGGACAUGGCGGGGUUGGACAACGUGAGCACUACGAAGAGGCUUUUUACAUCCGGCAUGAACGACGACGACUGUGACAUCGGGAGGCACUUGGGCACCAGCAGGCUAUCGUCGUACGAGUCUGGGGCGGAUACCUACAUGUACACACCAGCGUGGCCCAAUCCACUGCCGAAUCGAAGGAGGGGCCGAGAAGCGCGCCCUUGAUGGGAAAAUCUUGUGAUUACUCGGCCAGGGCAAUGGAGGCAUCCGUGACUUGGGCGUCGAGAAGCUGAGGGCGGCGACGUGGACGCCACGGUUGGUGCCGCCCAGGCGCGACGUCAUGGUGAGGCCGGCAUGGACAAGAAGCAAGCCACGGCGGGGAGUCUGAAACAGGCAGGGGACGCGAUGUGAUAAUAACGCUCGUGAUAAAACGGUAGCAGGUGAAUCAGUCGCAUGGAUACCCUGGACCCACGCGUCGACGACGAAAUGAACACGAAGUACGCACAAGACAAACCAUCACAGCAAGCAAGUGAACCGUGUGGGUUCGAAUGAAUCAAGGGUGACGGCGAAAUUGGCCUUCCAGAAGAACCGCGGCGGCUUGUUCCGCCACCACGGGCCUGGUCUAGGGUUAGGGGUGCUCGGCGCUUUUGUCAUCUUUUCCGGCCAGGGCCGAGGCGGCGGGAACGAAGAAACAUUCCCAGGCGGCGCCGAGCGGGCUCGCCGUGAUUGGUGGACGGGGGGGGGGCGCGAUCCUAGGCGAAUACUGAGGAGUCGGCGGCUGGUCAACAGCGGCGAGCCGGCACAUGGCGGCCGUCUUGCUCGACAGAUGGUAGUUGCUCCUGGUAUAAAUUGAUGCGUGGGUGGUGAUGUGGUUGGGCGGUGAUGUUGGUUGGUGUUGAAAGA